UCUGCCUCUCUCUCUCUCUCUCGCGCUCUCUCCGCGUGAAACAAAGUGUGGUGUCCUCUCGAGCCCCGUCUAGGAAGCGAGAAAAGAGAGAAACCAGGAGAGAAACAGAGAGAAUGGAGCGGCUGAAUCCACCACAACAGGAGGAAUACUAACCCACUAAAAUAUAUAAAGAGAGAGAAAUAAAGAAAGAAGAAGACGGAGGAGGAGAAACUUUUCGUCCUGGUGGAAAACUGUUACGGACUCAAAAAACAUGGAUGAUACACUUUUCUCCGUGUUGCUGCUGCCGGGACUCCUGCUGCUGUUGUCGGCAGUUGGAAACACCAACGGUCAGAUACCGACAGCUCACAUGGGGCGCGCUGAGAAGGGGAGCUGUACGUUUGACGAGGGCUUCACUCAGUGUGAUUACCAGCAAGAUCCCUAUGAUGACUUUGACUGGACGCACAUCAACACGCAGGACGCGCAGUACGUCUCACCAGACCUGCCACAAGGUUCCUUCAUGUAUGUGGACAUCUCUCAGGCUGAGGUCGCGGAGAAGGCCAGGUUUCAGCUGCCAGUCAUGAAGGAGAAUGACACUCACUGCAUCGACUUCAGCUAUCUCCUCACCAGCCCCGACGGCUCCAGCCCCGGCACCCUCAACAUCCUGGUGAAGGUAAACAAGGGUCCCUUGGCCAACCCUAUAUGGAACCUGACGUCUUACACUGGUAAAGAGUGGCAGAGAGCAGAACUCGCCGUCUCCACCUUUUGGCCCAAUGAAUAUCAGGUCAUAUUUGAAGCAGAGGUUUCGGACAGCAAAGCCGGCUUCAUCGCCAUCGACGACAUUCAGGUGCUCAGCUACCCGUGCGAUAAAUCCCCGCAUUUCCUUCGUCUUGGGGACGUGGAGGUGAACGCCGGACAGAAUGCCACAUUUCAGUGCAUCGCUACAAAACGAGACACUGCCAACAAUAAACUCUGGCUGCAGAGGAGAAAUGGAGAAGAUAUUCCCGUGGCUCUGACCAAAAACAUCAACCACAGACGCUUCGCAGCCACUUUCCACCUCAAGGAAGUCACGAAUCAGGAUCAAGAUCUGUACCGCUGCGUCACCCAAUCAGAGCGCGGCUCCGGGGUGUCCAACUUUGCUGGUCUUAUCGUCAGAGAGCCUCCGCACCCCAUCGCCCCACCCCAGCUGCUGGGCGUCGGCCCGACUUAUCUGCUCAUUCAGCUGAAUGCUAACUCCAUAUUUGGAGACGGGCCUAUUAUACUGAAAGAGGUUGAGUACCGUAUGACAACAGGCAGCUGGAUAGAGACUCACGCCGUCAACUCUCCCAACUACAAGUUAUGGCAUCUUGACCCCGACACAGAGUACGAGAUCCGAGUGUUACUCACCAGACCAGGAGAGGGAGGGACGGGAAAAGCUGGACCACCACUCAUUACCCGGACCAAAUGCGCAGAACCUAUGCGGACUCCUAAGAGGCUGAAGAUUGCUGAGACCAGGGCUCGUCUGAUUGCGGUGGACUGGGAGUCGUUGGGUUACAACAUCACUCGCUGUCACACCUUUAACGUCACCAUCUGCUACCAAUAUAUGACCGCCAACAACCGCAGCAAGGCCGACUGCUUGGACAUGGACCCUAAAGCACCACGCCACCUAGUGGGAAACCUGCCGCCCUACACCAACAUCAGACUGAAGAUGAUUCUGACCAAUCCAGAGGGACGGAAAGAGAGCGACGAGACCAUCAUACAAACCGAUGAAGAUGUUCCCGGCUCAGUUCCCAGUCAGUCACUAAGAGCCACUCCAUUUGAAGACCGAAUUCUUCUUUACUGGAAGGAACCGACUGAACCCAACGGGAUCAUCAUACAAUAUGAGAUCAACUACAGUGGCGUGCGUUCAUUCGACCCUUCGGUGCCUCUCCAGCGGCCGGGACUCACAGUGUCUCUGCCCUCCAAUGCCACCCAUCACCUGUUUGCCCAGCUCCACCCAGGGGUCACAUACCAGCUCUCCAUACGCGCAUCCACCUCCAAAGGGUUCGGCCCUGCGACCACGCUCAACGUGACUACUAAUAUUUCAGCCCCGACAAUAGAUGAGUACGAUGGGUCAGAGGCCUUCCUGAAUGAAACUGCAACAACCAUCACUGUCCUGCUCAAACCUGCCCAGGCCAAGGGAGCACCUAUAAGUGCGUACCAGAUUGUAGUCGAGGAAGUGAAUCCCCGGACACGUCGUCAAGCUUCCUCUGACUGUUUUGAGGUCCCAGUUCCCUACCACAGUGCGCCUAGCGGUGGAUCUCCAUAUUAUUAUGCCGCCCAGCUGUCCCCCAGCAACCUGCCGGAGCCGCUCCCCUUCACCGUUGGAGACAACAAGACAUAUCAGGGUUUCUGGAAUCCUCCGCUGGCCCCGAGAAAGAACUACAACAUCUACCUUCAAGCUGUCAGCAGCACGGAGAGGGAAACUAAGACCCAGUGUCUGAGGCUUGCUACUAAAGGUGCUACAGAGGAGCCAGAAGUCAUCCCUGACCCCGCUAAACAGACGGACCGGGUGGUGAAGAUCGCUGGGAUCAGCGCUGGUGUUCUCGUCUUUAUACUGCUGGUGCUGGUAGCCAUCCUAUUGGUCAAGAAGAGGAGGACCUACUAUUCAUACUCUUAUUACCUGAAACUGGCUAAAAAACGUAAAGACGCCAUCGGAACGACGCGGCAGGAAAUGACCCACAUGGUGAACGCCAUGGAUCGCAGCUAUGCUGACCAGAGCACUCUGCACGGAGAAGAUCCCAUGGCUGUGACAUUCAUGGACUCUCACAACUACAACAACAGAUUGCCCAACGAUCCUCUGGUUCCUACUGCUGUGCUAGUUCCAAUCACUGAUGAGAACCACAGUGCCUCUGCAGCGGAGAACAGCCGGCUCCUGGACGUUCCUCGGUAUCACUGUGAAGGAACCGAGUCUCCCUAUCAGACGGGACAGCUCCACCCGGCCAUCAGAGUGGCCGACCUUCUGCAGCACAUCAACCUGAUGAAAACAUCCGACAGCUACGGCUUUAAGGAGGAGUAUGAAUUGGUGAUACAGAGCUUCUUCGAGGGCCAGUCGGCCUCCUGGGACGUGGCCAAGAAGGAGCAGAACCGCACCAAGAACCGCUAUGGGAACAUUAUAGCAUAUGACCACUCAAGGGUUAUUCUCCAGCCCAUAGAAGACGACCCCUCCUCCGACUACAUCAACGCCAACUACAUCGAUGUAAGUGGAAACGCAUCGAAUGCUACUAUUGGCUCCCAACGAAACCAACGAAACCACACUCCCUCGCUCAUUUGGCUGUACAGGGAUGGCUACCAGAGACCAAGUCACUACAUCGCUACUCAGGGUCCUGUUCACGAGACAGUGUAUGACUUCUGGAGGAUGGUGUGGCAGGAACAGUCAGCCUGCAUCGUCAUGGUAACCAAUCUGGUGGAGGUUGGAAGGGUUAAGUGCUAUAAGUAUUGGCCGGAUGAUGCAGAGGUGUACGGAGAUUUCAAGGUGACUUUUGUGGAGGUCGAACCUCUGGCUGAAUAUGUGGUUCGCACAUUUACACUGGAGAGGCGUGGUUUCAACGAGGUGCGGGAGGUCAAGCAGUUCCACUUCACAGGCUGGCCUGAUCACGGAGUUCCAUAUCACGCCACGGGACUACUUUCCUUCAUCCGCAGAGUUAAAAUCUCCAAUCCACCCUCUGCUGGGCCGAUUGUGGUCCACUGCAGUGCUGGAGCAGGGCGUACAGGCUGUUUCAUAGUCAUUGACAUCAUGCUGGACAUGGCGGAGAGAGAAGGAGUGGUCGACAUCUACAACUGUGUGAAGGCUCUUCGCUCUAGGAGGAUCAACAUGGUACAGACUGAGGAGCAGUAUAUAUUCAUCCACGAUGCCAUCCUAGAGGCGUGUCUAUGUGGAGAAACAGCCAUACCAGUCUGCGAGUUCAAAGCUGCUUUUUAUGAGCUGAUCCGCAUCGACUCGCAGACCAACUCGUCACAUCUGAAGGAUGAGUUCCAGACGUUAAACUCGGUGACUCCUCAGCCUCAGCCUGAAGACUGCAGCAUCGCGUUGUUGCCUAGAAACCAAGAUAAGAACCGCUUUAUGGACGGCCUUCCUCCUGAUCGAUGCCUUCCCUUCCUCAUUACAAUAGACGGAGAGAGCAGCAACUACAUCAACGCUGCUCUGAUGGAUAGCUACAGACAGCCUGCUGCGUUCAUCGUUACCCAGCAUCCUUUGCCCAACACUGUCAAAGACUUUUGGCGUCUGGUUUACGACUAUGGAUGUACCAGUUUGGUGAUGCUGAAUGAGAUCGACUUGGCUCAGGGUUGUCCUCAGUACUGGCCGGAGGAGGGCAUGUUGCGUUACGGUCCGGUCCAGGUGGAAUGUAUGUCCUGCUCCAUGGACUGUGAUGUGAUCAGUAGACUCUUCAGAGUCUGCAAUCUCACCAGGCCCCAGGAGGGCUACCUGAUGGUCCGUCAGUUCCAGUACCUGGGUUGGGCGGGACACCGAGAAGUCCCCGCCUCCAAACGCUCCUUCCUCAAACUGAUCCUGCAGGUCGACCAGUGGCAGCGUGAGGGAGAGGAGGGAGAGGGAAGGACCAUUGUGCACUGCCUAAACGGAGGUGGGCGUAGUGGCGUUUUCUGUGCCAGCAGCAUUGUGUGUGAGAUGGCCAAGAGACAGAGUGUGGUUGAUGUCUUCCACGCCGUUAAGACCUUGAGGAACAGCAAACCCAACAUGGUGGAUACUCCGGAACAGUACCGGUUCUGCUACGACCUGUCGCUGGAGUUCAUCGAGUCCUCCUAAACAAAGGAGAGAAGAGGAGGAGGAGGAGGAGGAGUAAGAGGAGGUGAAGAACAUCUUUUCACUCCCCGCGUGUUUGAUCCUUUGCUUUCGCUUUGGUCCCGACUCCCCUCUGCCGUUCUGUAGCACCCAUUUUGCGUCCCUACAAAAUGGCGCAAGCGACAUCGGCUCCUCUUCCAGUGUUGUAAAGUAUCCAAACAAAGGGAAACGUUGAGACUUUGACCAGAAGGAGCUGCUGGGAGUGCAAACAGAGAAAGAGGCGACAUGUUUCUCCUUUUACUCCUUCAUGCUUAUUGUACAGCUUUUUGAGUGCCAGCGGGCCCCUGUAUGUUUUGGGCCCCAUUUUAAAUGUUUAUCCUCCCUCUCCCAUGGACUUGAUGCCUCAUGCUGUUUCAGCUGCAGUACUCAAUGUGCCCUGUAGAUGUCUCCCUUUACCCUCCCCCACUACUCUCGCAAGCUGCAACCACAGCUUUUGAAUAACUGCAAGUUUUCAGUGGCCCCACAUUCCUGCUCUCAUCAUGCUAAUUUCUGAGUAACUUAACAGUGUUGGGCGUCUCAUCAACGGUGAUGUUUGAGUAUUUGCGUUUGUAUAAGAACAAGAAACUUCAAGUUACAGCCUGGCCAAACUCUGUGAAUGCUUCUGUUUUCUACUCCAUACAUCAGCAGCAUCUUCACGUUACUUUACCGAGUCAGAACAUCAUUAUGUAUAUUACUAUUAUGUAGUACUUCAUAUCCACUUUGAGCCCAUUCUUCAUUGGUUACAUACAGUCAGAUAACAGAAUAUACAAGACAUAGAAAAUACCCUUAAAUGUCAAUGUUUGCUAAUUAGAUGAAGUAGCGUCUUAGACUGACAAUGAAACAAAAACAGGAAGUUUACACGGGGCAUAUUAGGCAUUUCUUUUUUAAUUUUUUUUUUUUUUACGAUAUCAUGAAGUGGCAACUUGAAUAAUGUUACGUGUAGGAUUUUUGCUAACGUUCAAAAAAAGUGUGAUAUGUAUCGUUGUUUAUGUUUUGAUUUGAGUUGAUUUGUCUUUUAUUGAUCUACUGGAUAGAAGAAAAUUGGAUUACUUAAGAUUUUUUAUUCAACCAUGUGACAUUAGCAUAAUCAUGUUUGUUUCAGGGCUGGGCCCAAUGCACUUUCAAUUCAGCCAACACACAAAUGGGAUGUUUUUUUUAUUUCAAAACUCUAUAACAUGAACAGAUUUUGGGUACUCGUAGUAGAAAAGACUGAGAAAUAAACGCUCAAUCAUGAACCGGUGAAUCACAGUUUUUCCAUUUCUGGUUUGAAUGGAAUUGGAAGUGAACUGACCCCAGGCCUCGUUUGUUUCGUGCACUGGUGGCCAACGACACUUUUUAUUAUUAUUUUGUAGCUGAUGUUUAUUCAUAAGCCAAAGACUUUGUGUAAAUAUGUCUAUAUGGAUAAAGCACAUUGUUUGUA